CAAUUGCAGAGCAGGAGCAGAGCAGAAUUAUCGAAAAUAAGGGAAAAACCGAAGGAGGAGGAAAAAGAGAGAACUGAAGACGAACAGUCGAACACAGACAACAAGAGGCGAGUCAUUCUCUCAUUUCUUCCUGUUACGCUGUUGCGGCCAUGGCGGACGGCUACUGGAACCGACAACCGCCUAUGUACCCAUCGGCGGGCUUACCGAAGCGCCCUCGCCCUGACUACGAUUUUCAACCUCCUGUUGCACCAUCUGGUCAUGAGAUGCUUAAUUAUUUGCCACGAGAUGAAGAUCGUGGUGGGACCCGGGUUUUGAAAGACACAAAGACCCUUGGAUCAGCAUAUGAUCGUUAUCUGCAGAGUGCGCAACUUUCUUCGUUUGGUUCUGGAGAAGCUAGUAAUUUUGGUGGUGGAACUGGAUUUGGGAGGGGGGUUGGUGGAGGAAUGCCAAAUCUUCCAGUUGGAGAGCCUACAAUGGUUGGUGGGCGUUCAACUGUUGCUCCUGAUCUGGCACCAAAUGGUCGAGGAAUGGGUUAUGGUGGUCAGCUCCCUGUGGACUCAAUGGCCAGGCCAGGCCGUGAAGUGCAACCUCUCCCACCAGAUGCUUCCAACACUCUAUUUGUUGAGGGACUCCCUCUAGACAGCACACAUCGUGAAGUAGCUCAUAUAUUUCGUCCCUUCUUGGGGUACAAAGAAGUAAGGCUUGUGAACAAAGAGCCUAAACAUCGUGGUGGCGACCCUCUUAUCCUCUGUUUUGUGGAUUUUACAACUCCAGCCUGUGCUGCAACUGCUUUGAAUGCCUUGCAAGGUUAUAAGAUGGACGAACAUGAUCCUGAUUCUUCUAUCUUGCGGUUGCAAUUUGCUCGGUUUCCAGGUCCAAGAUCGGGCCCUGGGCCUCGUGGUAGGAGGUAAAUCAAGCUUGAGGUGGAAACAUUCUGGUUUCAUGCAUUCUCAGAGUAUCUGGUGCAGAUUCCAUUUAUAUAUUUCUAGUCCAUGCAGAGCACUUUUUUGAUUAUAUGUAGUUUACCAGAAAUACUGGAUUGAGGUUGCUGAAUGCUAAAGAAGAUGUAAUUGAUUGAAUUAAAGUGGUGGCCAAGUUAAGAAUUUUCAUGAUUUUUGACAUACAAUCUAACAUAGUCUUCACAUCAAAUGGUCUUCCUAUGGACUGCAGAUAAUUGGUAACUUUUUUCUCAAACACCCUUUGUGGGGCUCUAGAUUAGUAUGUCUUCUAAGUUUUUAACCAUGUAAACUUGAGUUUCAAUGGUGCGUUUAUCCCAGGAAAUUAAGCUAA